AUGGAAACUAGAGAGAGAAACUCCAUAAGUUAUCAUAUUCCACCUCAAUCCACUCAAGAAUCAUCUUCUACCUCAAACACUAAAAUAAAUGAAACCCCAAAUCAUCUUCAUCGGGGAGACCAGUAUCGCGGAUUCAGGUUACAGAAAGAGCAACCGGAAGCUGCAGAAACACCCGGAAGGAAUUCAAACUCGGAUCCGGAUCCAAAUCUUUCUGGACUGGGCUCUCAAGCUCCCUCGCAGCCGCCACCACUAGCACCACCACCUUCAACAACCUCUAUAGCGCCGGUUGCAGUGGUGGUCCGAUAUCGUGGAUGCUUAAGGAAUCAUGCUGCCAAUAUGGGCGCUCAUGUUCUCGAUGGGUGUGGAGAGUUUAUGCCUAGCGGAGAAGAUGGCACGCCAGAAGCAUUAAAAUGUGCCGCCUGUGAAUGCCACCGGAGUUUCCACCGGAGAGAGGUAGAAGGCGAGACCACUUCUCAAAUACCUUUGACACAUAAUCAACCACCUCCGGCAGCUGCUACACAUCUACCUCCCGCACAGCGGCAUCACCGGUAUUAUCACCACCCAAUGCCGCCUAUUAUGAUGGCAUUUGGUGGGGCUGGCGGCGUACCGGCGGAAUCAUCUAGUGAAGAUCUUAAUGUAUUCAGAACGAGUUCCGGAGUGCAUUUAAUGGCGCAAACUUCAAAGAAAAGGUUUCGAACGAAAUUCACACAGGAACAGAAGGAGAAGAUGCAAGAUUUUGCAGAAAGAAUAGGGUGGAAGAUCCAGAAGCAAGAUGAACAGGAGCUUGUACAAUUCUGCCACGAUGUUGGUCUGAAAAGACAAGUGUUUAAAGUAUGGAUGCACAACAACAAACAAGCCACUAAGAAGAAAGAAAUGUAA